AUGAAUGCACGAAAAAGUUUAGUGUGCUAUAAUAAAUUGGAAAAGGAAAAUUAUAAAAAAAAUUAUAUAUACAAUAUAUUACUAAAAGAUGGAAUUAAUUAUAUUGAGAAUGAACAUAAUGAAAGCAUAAAAAAUGAUAAUUAUGUAAGAACUUUAUUUUUUGAAUAUGACAAAAAUCACAAUGAAAAAGUCAUACAUAAAAAUGAAUAUGCAACCCCAAUUAAGUUAAAAUUAAUUGAUAAAAUUAAAAAGAAAAAUGAUAACCAAAAAAAAGAAUCAGAAAAAGCGAGGCCAUUAAAAAGUAAUUACAAUCAGAAUUUGAUUAAUUAUACAAGUUUUGUACAUAAAGACAAGUCCUCAUUUGUUCGUACAAAACAAUUGAAAAAAAAUAAUUCAUUUUUAAAUAAACGGAAUAAUUAUUUAAUAUUUUUUAUGGGGCAUAAAAAAAAAAGGAAGAAAAGAAAAAGCAAACAAAAUGAAAAGUUUGUCAAAUACCGUAUUUUGAAUAAGUCUAUAGAAAAACAGAAAAAAUCUAAAAAGGGAAUACAAAAUAGAGAUACUAUUCCCCUUAUAUGUGGUAAAAAAAAUGUUGAAGUAGAUAUAUUACUUAGCAAAAAUUCAAGUAAAAAAUUUGUGUGUGAAAAUCGAAUUGCUAGACCAUAUGAAAAUAAUGAUUCAUCAAGUCAGUUCAAGUCUGAAUCGAGUCAAAUUUUAAAAAAAGAAAGAAACCGUUCAAAAAAUAAUGACUACUUUAUGUUUCAAAAUAUCAACGACUUUUUAUGCAAACCCAAUACUGCUACUAAUAAUGAUGUAACUAAUUUCGAGAAAAAUAAGAAUGACAAUUGUAGAAACGAAAAAAAAAAAAUAAAAAAUAUAUUUACUACACCUACUGGGGGAAAUGAUAAAAUACAGUUUAGUAGUCAUUUGAAAGAGGAAUAUGUAGAGCCAUCAAAAAAUAAACAAAACAAUUUUUCACUUGAAAAGGAGGAUAGCCACAAUUUGAAAAAAUUAGGAAAGGAAAAUAAUAAAAGUAAAACUUUAUUUAAUUAUGAAGAGCAUAAUAUUAAAAGAAAUAGUAAACAUUUAGAAACACAAUUUAGUAUGUCCUCAGGACAGAACAAUUCUAAUUUUAAUGCUAAUGACGUGGAAAAAAAACGAAAAAAAAGUGAAGGUUUGAAAAAAAGCAAAAAAGAAAUUGAAAAUACCACAUUGAAUGAUGAUAUCCCUUUGAUCAAUGAAAAGGGUAUUACUAAAUUAGACAAAAAAAAUAAUAAAAAAAAAUGCAAUUUUAAAACUCAGAAUGAGAUUAAUAAAAUUGGAAAUAAUAAAAAUUAUGGAAUACAUAAUAAUGUGCGAGGAUUUGAAGAAACAUUAAAAUUUAUGAAAUAUAGAGAAUUGCUAAGAAAAUAUAUGGGAACAUUUUAUAAUUAUAGUUCCCUUAAAUGUGCUAGCUAUAUUAUUUUAUAUGCUGUUAUAACAAAGAUAAUAAUUCAAGUAUCAAAAAAUUUAACAACAGGAUAUAUUUUUAAUGAGCCAGGAAUAGAUGGAUAUGAUGAUACUUAUAGUAAUGGUGGUAAUAUUUUAGGGAAGAAUGAUAUAUUUUUUCUUUUAAAUAUAUAUGAUUUAAAUAGUGUUAUACAAUCUAUUUGUUAUGGAAUUUUAUUAAUAUGUAUAGUUUUACUUAUAAAAUUAGGUAUCCCUUCUAAUUAUUUAUUAGCAGGAAGAUUAACUAUUUUAUUUAUGUUUUUAUUUCUUAUUCAAAUUCCAAUUAUAAUUUAUUCUAAUUUUUUAUUUUUAAAAAAAAAAGAAAAUGAUUUAUUAGAUUCUUCUCCAAAGUUAUAUGAUAAAAAAAAUUAUUUUAAUUUACAACUACAAAAAAUUUAUAAUACUUUUUAUGUAGACAUAAUUAAUUUGUUACUCUAUACUAUACUUAUAUCAGUUGUUUCUUUAUAUGCUACUUACAAUAAAUUAAUAUAUCCACAUCUACUUAAAUUAUAUUUAGAUACGUUUUUUUUAAAUUCCUACUCAAUCAUAAAAAAGGAAAUAAUACAUUUUAGAGUCCCUAACAAUAUAGAUGCAUAUUACCUUAACAAAAUGAAUAGCUAUUUAUUUAAUACAUUAUAUAAAAAACAAGACACAAUUAAAAAUGAAGAUAUUGAAAGUAAUACUAAAAGUGCAAUUGGAUAUAAUGUUGUUAUUAAAAAAGAAAAAUGUUCUUUUUUUUUUACAAAUUUUUUAAAAAAAAAAAAACAAACAUAUAAAAAAAAUAAAAAACGAACAAAUAUAAAAGGUAUUGAUAUGAAUUUCCAUAUCAUUUUUUAUAUCGGAGAGUUAGACAGAAAAGGAAGACCUCAUGGAUUUGGUUAUUGGAGGGGAAUACAUUCAGAAGGUGAAGUUUUGAUUGGCUAUUGGUAUCAUGGAAUUCCUGUUGGACCAUUUAAAUGCCGUGAUUUGAAAACGGGUUCUGGUUUUAUGUGCAUUAAGAUUGGAUAUGGACGUACGAGUUGUGACCCCAAUGAUUUGGCAAUAGGUCUUGCAGAUACAGAGUGCUGUGUUAGUGGAGCAUUUUAUCGAACAUUCCCACGAGUCGUAUUUUACAACUUAAAUCUGACUUUACAAAAUAAUAAAAAAAAAACAAUUAGAAAAAAAAAGUUAGAUAAAAAACCUAAUUAUUAUAAACAUGGAGUUGUAGAAAAAAGAGAAUGUUGUGAAUAUUUAAUUGUCGAAAAAGCUAGUAAUGAUAUUUUACGAAUAAAUUAUUCUAAAAUAGCUAAUAAUGCUUAUAGUGAUGAAAAUCCUGAAUGUUCAGAUGUAGAUUUAGCAAAUGAUUUUAAUUCAAAGUAUCAAAAAAAUAGUCAUACAAAAGUUACUGAUACUGAAUUACGUACAUCUUCAAUGAUUGAUAGUGAGAUUUAUUUAAAAGGGAAAUGUAUUGAUUAUGAUGAUUUAUAUAAUUUAAGUUAUGACAUUAAUGAAUUAACAUUCGAUGAACCAACUUUAAAUGAACCCGAAUAUAAUGUUCAUCAUAAUGUAGAAUCUAUCGAAUCUGAUUCAGGUAAGAUGGAAAACAUACUUAAUGAACAACUAGAUGUAGAUAGAAAAUUAGAACCCACUCAAGUUUUAAACACAAUUGAAAAAGAUUCCCCUUAUUAUAGAAAUGGAUGUGAACUAGACAAAAUAUUUAUAGUACGAAAUAAUUUGGAACCACAUAUAGAAGAUGAUUUGGAUUAUGAAAAUUUUGAUGGACUUCGAUCUUGCAAAUAUAAUGACAAUAGUUUAGAAAAUUCAAAGAAUGAUAAUCCAAAAAAAGAAAAUGAAAUAAUAUUUGAAAGUGGUUGUAUAAAAAAUGUGAACACAAUGAAAAGUACUACCACUUUGGACAAACGAAAAAAUGAAAAAUAUAUGAAAAAAGAUAGCAUCAAUUUAAAAAAUAAAAAAAAUAAAAUAAUAAGGAAUGAUAUAAAACAUGGGGCAAUUCGUAUACCAGUAGAAAGUACAAACAUGUCUGUAGAGACAAAAAAGAAAAAAAGAAAUACAAAAGAUAAGUCUAACUUAGAAAAGAAAGCAAAUAGUUUACAAACAAUUUCAGAGAAACAAACUGAUAAAGUAGCCAUAAAAAAAGUUAAAAAAUUAAAAUCAAAUGAUCCAAUUUUAAGUAGAAUUUCAAAUGAUAAGAUUGGGGUAAAAGAAAAAAAAAGAGGAAGUAAUGGUGGAGUAAAAUUUGGAAAAAGUAAAGAAGUUGAAAAUAAAGAUACAAAUAGUCGAGAUGAAAAAAAAAUAAAUUUUAAAACAUCUAGAGAAUUUAUUAAAAAAACAUCAAGUAAACAAAUAAAAAGAAAAGUAAAAAAAAGAAUAGGAUAUAGUAUGAAAAGGACAAUAUUUCGUCUAAAAAAUUUUAAGUUUAUAAAAAGUUAUAACAAUAGUAAUAUUAGUGAUAAUAAUCCAAUAAAAAAUGAUAUGAAAAAAAAUAAAAAAUUAUGGAUAAUGGGACAUAAGAAAUUAUUUAUUCCAAAAACAUUUUCAGGAACAUUACCAAAAUUACGAAUUAAAAAAAAAAAAUAUAAAAGUUUAUUAUUUUCUGAAUAUAUAACAAAUGUAUAUAAAACAAAAUGUAUGAAUAUUAUACUUCAAAACUUAUGUCCACAUAUGCCAAAUUUUGGUAUUACAUAUAAUACAGAUUUACAUAUAUCUAUAGAUGCAGAAAGAGGAUUAUAUAUCACUGGUUAUAUAAAUAAAAAAAAAAGUACUUACCCAAUGAUAAGAGAUAAAAAAAGAAAAACAGAUGAUUUAGAAGACAAUGAAGUUAAAAUUAAAAUUAUUAAAAAAACAAAAAAUGAAAAUAUAUUAAAUAAUAAAAAAAGUUUUAAUAAAAAAUUAUAUUCAUGGAUCGAUAAUAUUAAAGAAUUAAGUUUAGAAGGAUGGGUUAGAUGUGAAUUGGCGGGUUCUUUAGAAGCUGUUAUUUUUAUUCAUGGUUAUAAUACUAGCCAUUUAGAAGCAUUACAAAUAUUAGGACAAAUGGCAUCCUUUGGUAAUUUUCCAAAUUAUAUUAAACUCUUUUUAUUUAAUUGGCCUUCUGGUAAAAAUAUGUUAGAAUUUUUUAUAGCACGAGAGAAUUCGAAAAACAAGGAAAUUCACCAUGCCUUUAAAUCCUUUUUAGACACCCUUCGAAAUAAUGGAAUAAAACAAAUUCAUAUAAUUACUCAUAGUAUGGGGACUAGAAUGUUUUUACUAUCAUUUCAUGAUAUUGUAAAGGGUGAACUGUUUUCAACUAUUGAUGAAGAAGAUAAUGUAGAAAAUAAUAAAAACAAAAUGAAACUAAUUACAUUAACAAUGAUGAAUCCUGAAUAUUCUUUAAAUGAUUUUGUAAAUAAAGAAUAUAUAUUUCUUCGAUCUUAUUGUACAGUUAUAUCUAUUUAUUGUGAUUCAAAUGAUAAGGCACUUAAAUGGGCUGAAAUAUUUAGCGGAACAAAAUCUUUAGGUAAAAAUGUAUUUGAUUUAAAUGUCUCUAAAAAUAAUUUUUCAAAAUGGUCAAUUAGUAGUUCAGAAAAUAAUGUAUUUGAUAGUAAUAAAUUAGAUUGUUAUUCUAUACAAAUAGAUAAUAAAAAAAAUAAGAAGAGUAUUAAAAAUGAUAAUAUAAAUUAUAAAUAUUCUCCAUCCGAUUUUGAUUGGGAAAAUUGUGAAAUGGCUAGCGAACAACAAAAAAAUACUAUUACAACAUGUGUUAGAAAUUCUAUGAACAAAUUUCUAAAUCUUAUUCGAUUUUGUUAUAUAAAACAAAAAAAAGUUGAAAUAAAAAAAGAUGUAUAUAGUAGUAAUAUAAGUGUUGAUAAUGAAUAUGGAGAUCAUGGUGCUAAAUAUAAUACUGAUUAUAAAAGUUCUUUUGAAGGAAAACAAAAUAAUAUACCUUUAAAAACUAAUUUACAUCAUCAACCACCUAUGUUUAGAAAUACAUUAUUAGUAUUUACUGGAAUAGAACCCAAUUAUUGUUAUAGAGAUAAUAGAGAUUGGUUAGAUGUAGAUGUAAUAGAUACUACAUGGUUAGGAUCAAAUGUACAUACAUUAAGACACUCUUAUUGGUCAUUAAAUAGAGAAAUAAUCGAAGAUAUUAGAGAAUUAAUUGUUACUAGAAAAAGAGCAAGACAACGAACAUCGAGAUUAGAUAGACGUGAAGGAAAUGUCUGGGUAUAUCGUGUUGCUCCUUCUCAUCUUAAAUCUAUUUUUGAUUCAGACAUAUGA